ACUCGUUCCCACAAAGUCAUAGACUCAACUCAUUCCAUUCUUUGUUUCACUCCCACCAUGAAGUAUUCCAUUCCGUUGCUUGGAUUUCUAAUAGUAUCAUGCUUUAGUGGUUCUCAAGCUGAAAAUGCCUUCUCACAAUACUGGGAAGAACAUAUUGGUCUUCCACAGCCUCCACAUUGGUUAGCUGCAAAGGCUUCUCCAUUAAGCCAGCAUCAUAUAACAAUGUUUAUGAAACUUAUAGAGGAAAAUGAAUUGGCUUUCCACCUACAUUCAUUUUGUAAGAUGGCUAACAUUGCUUGUUCUACAAAUGCACUGAUAAAGAAUACAAUGGAUGACACAACUUUGCCACCAAUUGCACAGUGGAAUGAAGCCAAACUGAAAUAUGAAUAUCCAAAUGAAACACCCCUAUCAAUUGCCAGCCAAGGUGGAUUGCCAUAUUUCCGGGAAUCAAUGGUGAAAGAGGGAGGUUUCAUGUCUAUCCCUGAUUUAAGAGACCCAAUGUCAUAUAAAUCGUUUUUGCCACGACCGCUGGCAUCAAAAAUUCCAUUUUCCUUUGCACAUAUUGAGGAAUUGAAGAAGCUUUUUGGCGUGGUGGAUGAAUUAAACAUGGAUGAGUAUAUUCAAGACACUCUCAAGAUAUGUGAGAAAAGCCCCAUUCAAGGUGUGCAAAUUACUUGUGCAAUUUCCGCUGAGGAUCUCAUCGAUUUUGUUGUUGAGAAAUUAGGGCACCAUGUACGCGUAUGGAGUACUGAAAGCGUCGAAGGAUCUUAUAUGAAUGUCACAAUUGGAGCUGUGAAACUCAUCCAUGGAAACCAGUCUGAACCACCAGCAUUGUGUCAUAGUCAGCCGUUCCCAUUUCAAGUUUAUUAUUGCCAUGUUUUACAGAAAGUAAAAGUAUAUGCAGUUGAUUUACAUACUCAGAAGAAAGUGAAUCAUGCAAUCAUGGCAUGUCACUAUGAUACAUCUACUUGGAAUCCAAACCAUCUUGCUUUUAAGCUGCUAGGUUUUGGCCCAAGAUUAAUUGAAGUCUGUCAUUGGAUAAACCAGAAUGGAGUGAUCUGGACAAAGCUUUAAGUUGAAUAGCAUAUGAAGAUUUGAUAAUCUUAUCUUUUCUUGGUAAUCUUUACAUGUUACUGCUUAUGCUAUUUGAAGGACAAAUAAUGAUCUACUUUCUAUUACUUGUUAUAUCUUUCAAUUAAUAUAAUUUCUGUUUUUCAA